GGUCUCUGGGUGGAGCUAGAGAACCUGGCUAUUACACACCAUUCUCGUGAACCAAGUACAUUCUGAAGGAGGAGGAACAGCAUGGGAAGGAAAUCUCUCUACCUUCUGAUUGCUGGGGUCCUUGUAGCAUAUUAUAUUUACACUCCUCUUCCAGAUAAUUUUGAGGAGCCAUGGAAAUUGAUUUGGUUGAACACAUAUGUGAAAACCUUCUCGCAUUUGGUUACAUUUGUGGAAAAGUUGGGACUGAACCAUUUUAUGGAUUCCCUCAUGUUCUUCAUGAGCUUUGAUGAAGUCCCACCAACCUCAGAUGAAAAUGUCACUGUGACUGACACGACAUUCAACAACAUUCCUGUCCGAGUGUAUGUGCCAAAGAGGGAAUCAGAAGCACUACGAAGGGGUAUAUUUUACAUCCAUGGUGGCGGCUGGUGUUUGGGAAGUGCUGCAUUAAGUAAUUAUGACCUGCUAUCAAGAUGGACGGCAGACAGACUUGAUGCUGUUGUCAUAUCAACCAAUUACAGAUUAGCACCUAAGUAUCAUUUCCCAGCUCAAUUUGAAGAUGUAUAUAAUGCCUUAAGGUGGUUCUUACGCCAAAAAGUUCUUUCAAAAUAUAGAGUGAAUCCUGAGAGAAUAUGUGUUUCUGGAGAUAGUGCUGGGGGAAAUUUAGCCGCAGCAGUUACGCAACAGCUCUUACAUGACCCAGAUGUCAAGACCAAACUCAAGAUUCAGUCUUUAAUUUAUCCUGCCCUUCAGCCUCUUGUUUUAGAUUCACCAUCAUAUCAAGAAAAUUCACAUUAUCCAGUGCUGUCUAAAUCACUCACAGUCAGGUUCUGGAGUGAAUAUUUUACUACAGACAGAUCCCUUGAAAAAUCCAUGCAUUCCAACCAACAUGUACCUGUGGAAUCAAGUCAUCUAUUCAAGUUUGUUAAUUGGAGCUCCUUGCUCCCUGAGAGAUAUAAGAAAGGACAUGUUUAUAAGAAUCCAAUUUAUGGUAGUUCUGAGAUGGCUAAAAAAUAUCCAGGAUUCCUAGAUGUGAGAGCUGCACCCCUGCUGGAUGAUGACAACAACUUGCGUGGUUUACCCCUGACCUAUAUCAUCACCUGUCAGUAUGACGUUGUAAGAGAUGAUGGGCUCAUGUAUGUCACCCGACUUCAGAAUGCUGGAGUUCAGGUAACCCAUAACCACGUUGAGGAUGGAUUCCAUGGAGUAUUUUCAGCCCUUACAUUUAAAAUUAGCAACAGGGUGCUAAAUAAGUAUAUUAGUUGGCUAAGUGAAAAUCUAUAGUAACAUUUAUCAAGGAUAUAUUUUUAAAAUAAGGUAGGUUUGUAUAGGUUAGAGUGAAAUAGCAACAUAUCCCAGAGUAAUGUGGGCAGAGAAUAAAAAUAUAUAUUCAGGGGCCCCCACUGAGGAGCUGGGGGAAAAG